GGACACGCAGCGUCGUGGUGGUGCAGCAGAGCAGAUCCCGGUCUGACCACAGCUCUGUCCGCACGCACAGCCUCUCUCUCCGCACCGACCCCGCAGACAGGUAGUCAGAGAGCCCGCACGCAGACAGAACAGCCAGCCAUGAGCACGGCGUUUUCCUGACGGCCUCCGUUUACAUCCAGAGAGCAUCUGCGGCUGAAACCUGCGUGAUCUGUCCAUUCACACCGGAGGAGGGAUGUUGAGCACUGCAGCAGACAUGCAGGGCCCGCUCCUCAUCACACUGAUUGCUCUUCUGGCCGGCUGUGAUGGCUUCAGAUUGGGUUCGUCCCAGCGCCUCAUACCCCUCAAUCCUCCCGUUGCUCGUGUAUUCCAAGAUGAUGCCCCAGUUCAGCCAGACUUCAUCCAGGAAUUAGUCAGAACCAAACGCCAAACAGUCCAUGAGUUAGUGCGAGCCCAGCCUCAUUUGGUUCAUGACAUGGGCUGGCCAGAGAUACAUGAAACAUCCCGUUCCCAGGCCAAGAUGGACUCCGUUAACUCCUCUCAGUUAAACCCUCCAUCAUCUGCCAGUCAGGAUGUAACCAAGACCCGUCCUGCUGUGGAUGAAAACCUAGAUGUGGAAGAUGAGAUGGAGCGUAUGGUUCAUCUGGUGGUUCCCCAGGACGCAGAAAGCUACAGGGGAAACCCAGAUUCUAUUGACCCACAGAAGGAGCCCUUCCGUGGGCCAGGAGCCGGAGACACCUCCCUGGAGGCCUCUGGCUUCUAUGGAACGGACAUGGAGGACAGAGACAGAGGAGAGGAGGGAGCAGAGGACAGAGAGAGAAGAGGGGGAGAGGAUGAGUGGGAGAGAGACACAGGGGAGGACAGAGAGAGGAGAGGGGGAGAUGUAAGAGAAGAGGAAGAAGAGAGGGAAGGAGGAACAGACGACCAUGAUGUCAAAGUAUUGGAUGCCUUAGAGGCCAACCAUACAACUCCAGAUCUGGAUGCUCUGAUUGGCUACAGUCCAUCUUUCCAUCCCUCCAGCUCCAAGCAGCCCAGCAUCUUCCCUCCAGCCGAGGUGCAGGAUUCUGGGGCACAGGAGCAUCGUGCAUCCCCGGUCCUGGAGGUGGGCCCUAGAGAAAGAGACCUGUGGGAGGCAGAAGGGGAGGAAGAUGGUAAUUCCAGUGGCUAUGGAGUCCUCCACUCCUCCAUCACUACAACUAGCACUACGUCUACUGCUACUUCAACUGCUGCUGCUGCUGCUGGUGGAGACGCUGUAGGAACCGCCACCCCCGAGACUGACACAGGCACAGACUUUGGGCUGCUGGGAAGUUAUACAAAAGAUGAGACAGAGGAUGAAGACACAGAGAGGGAGGAGGAAGAAGAAGAAACUGGUCUGGCACACAAAGGCGUAUUUACCCAGAAUCCCACUGCACCAGAGGUUGGCAUGGCUCCCAGCAGACAGCCCCUGCAGCCCAGCGUGGAGGAAGAGGAGGAGCUGCAACAUGGAGAACAUGAGUUUAGAGGGAUAAGACCAAAAGACAGAGCCGAAGAGGUGGAGGAGGCGAAAUGGAGAAAGAUGGAGGAAGAGGAAACAAGAAUCCGACACAUCGUCCCGCUCACCACAGAUCCCUCCCCCACCAUCGGCUUCACCGACUCGUCCUGGGAUUGGUUGGAAAAGACCACGUCCCUGCUGACCCAGAGGUCAGAGGUCAGGAGAGGUGGAGCCCCAGAGGUCUUCUCACCAGACAGCGAUUUCUUUGAGAUGGAGGAGGCACGACAGGUGGUCUGUUUAAACUGGAGCGAGCUGGUUGGACGAGGCUAUGUCAUCCUCAACAUGACGCAAAACUUGAACUGUGAGGAGUUUCGUGUAGACCAGGGCGUGCGGUUGUUGAAGAUCAUGGAGCGAGUGUUUGCUCGAAGAAUGAACAGCCCAGAGGGAUCGUGGGUAAUCUACCUCAGCAAGCCUACACACCAGCAACACCAGCUGCUGAUGAACGUGGCAUCUGAGAAUGGAGUGAUGGCUACCAAGGAUGUGCUGGGCAUGCUGGGAGAAAUCAGGAAAAAUUUGAAUGAGGUGGGCAUCCAGAACUACAGCGCAGCCAGUAUCUGCGAGUAUCGGCGCAGUCUAACAAGCAGCGACUACGGCAACCUGUUUGUGGUUCUGGUGAUCAUCGGCUCCAUCUGCAUGGUCAUCAUCACGUCUGGAUUUAUAUAUGUGUGCUGGCAAAGACGAUUGCCUGUAGCUAAGACGCAGUUCCGUGCGGAGGAACUUCACUUUGUGGAGAACGGUUGCCACGACAAUCCCACGCUGGACGUGGCCAACGACAGUCAGCCUGAGAUGCAGGAGAAGAAGCCGAGUACCAAUGGGCUCGCGGGGGGAGGAGAAGGAGGCAGGGAGGACAGCAAUCGCUGGCAGGUGUUUGUCAAUCAAGCAGCGACUGAGGAGGAAGAAGAGGAGCAGGAUACACAUCUCUGAUGACUGAAGAAGAAGGGGAGAAGGGUUAUGAAGGGUGGGCAUCUUUGAUAGACAGAUGGAUUUAGGGGACUGACGGCUGUCCAUCCUGAAUACCUUAAAUGACUACCUGCAAUGUAGAUCUGUUUCCGAGAGCACAAGAUACAGGCAGGACACAGCGCCCUUGUCCUUCACUGAAAGACAGAAUAGAUGAGCAUGUCGCUUUCAGCUCUGCAGCGGGCACCAAUGUAACAAAACCUACAGCUUCUGUUGCUUUUAUUUGAUGAAAGUCUGUAUGAUGGAGAUGGAGAGAAAUUUUGUGGCUUUCUGAUCAUUUAAAUUUGUUUUCACUGAUGUUUUCUUUUCAGAAUCUAAAGGCAGCCUUGUGUGUUUGCAUUUGUUAGCGGUGCUAGUGCAAGUCAAUGGGGAUUCAGCUGUAGCAAAAAAACAAGUGACCCUUCAUUUGUAUAAAGAUUACAAGUUUAGUAUCCUGGUAAGAUUUUUCCCAGGUUUCCCAAUUUUCUUUAAUUCAUUCCAGGUAUUUUAUUUCUAUUAUUAUUUCUAUCUAUUUAUAUGCAUUUUCAUCGCAAACUAACUCUUUUGGUUGUCUGUGUAAU